UCUUCAACCACAGAAAAACAUCAACAAAGAAAGCUACAAAAUUCAACCCUCAUCAAUGGUGAAACCAAGACAGCUGCAUAAUUUCAAUCUACCCCCAGGGCUGACGUGGGGGAGUCAGAAAUCCUUGAGGUGCAGCAACUUUGAUCCAGUUCCUGCAAUGCCUGAUGACGAUGAAUCUUCAGAUUCCGACGAGCAUAACAACACCCGUUCCGUCGAAAACAUCCAUGUUGAAGUUAAGGAGGUUCCUAGAUUUCCAGCAGAAGAUAGAUCGGAGAAGAAACCCUCAAGGCCUCGAAGGAACCUUGAGAAGAAAGAAGAGGGACCUAAAUUUUCGAUCGCGCUAUCGCGAAAAGAAAUCGAGGAAGAUUUCAUCGCAAUGACAGGGAAGAAACCACCGAGGAAACCUAACAAGCCGCCUAGAAGUGUUCAGAUGAAACUAGAUGCUCUAACCCCAGGUUUAUGGCUCUCUGAAGUUAAUCCUGAUCGAUACAAAGUGGAUGAAAACCGAAAGAUUUGA